UAUGAGGAUAUGAUAGGCACACAUAUAUCUAAUUAAAGUCGAUGAAUGCAUGCAAGCUGGGUGCUAAACAAGAAAAUACUGGAGUACUCAUUCAUCAGUUGAUGUGCAUGCAGUUGUAAAUCAAGAUCAAGAGAGCUGUCAACUAGCAUCGAUCCAAGAUUACGUACAUCAAUGGCAGAAGCUUCAACAUACACUACCAUUAUGCAACUAUUCCACGAUUGGGAAAUCCAUGCAUUGAUUCUCUUGAGCUUUGUCCUGCAACUAUUCCUCUUCUUCUCCGGCGGCCUUCGGCGCCGCCACAGCCAUAUGCUGCUUACAAUCAUGAUAUGGUUGUCUUACCUAUCAGGUGAUUUCAUAGCAGCAUAUGCACUAGGCCACCUUUCAGUCAAUUUGCCUACCACUUCCACCACAGAUGACAAUGAUCAUCAUAAACCAGCCCAUCAGCUCACUCUCUUGUGGGCACCUUUCCUUCUUAGCCACCUUGGAGGACAGGACACUGUGACUGCUUUUUCAUUGGAGGACAAUGAGCUGUGGUUGAGGCAUCUGCUGAACCUUCUAGGCCAAGCAUGCCUAGUUGUGUAUGUGUUGUGGAAAUGGGCGGCAUUGGCACACUACCAACUUGUAAUCCCGGCUGCAUUGUUAUUCAUUGCCGGGAUCAUCAAGUAUGGGGAGAGGAUUUGGGCACUCAAGUUGGGAAGCCAGAAAGGCCUCAGGACCUCCACUAGCAGAGAAGCAAAGAAGGCAUCCCUUGAAGUAGAGGACAGUGAAAACAAUGUGCAGGCCUAUCAAGCAAUUGUUAGGUAUGCUGCUCUUCACACAGAGCGAGGCUUGCGGGAUAUAUUUGCUGGACGAAAACUCUUCGACAUGGACGAGCAAACUCUGGAAAAAAUUGGCGAGGCUUCGGGAGAUGUACAAACGGUUUUCAAGAGGGUGGAGAUUGAGCUUAGCAUAAUGUAUGACGGCUUCUUCACGAAAUCCCGGGUAAUUCAAACAAUGCCCGGUGCCAUCCUUUGGUGUGUCUCCCUCGCCUCCACAGUGGUUGCCUUUGUGCUCUACGUCAAGAUGAUGAUGACUAGUAGUGCCGAUGCCGAGAAAACGGAGAAAGAGUAUAAAAGAAGUAGAGUUGAUGCUGCGAUCACCUAUAUAUUAUUCAUUGGAGCAUUUUGCUUGGAAGCUUGCUCGUUCUUCAUGGUGAUGAUGUCACCAUGGGAGUGGCCCUUCUUGGAAGCUCGAGCUGGAUGGUGUCAUGCGCUGCUCACUCGAGUGGCCUGGCCUAUCUUCGCGAGGAUCCAACCAGAGACCAAGUCAUGGUGGUCAAACUCAAUGGGGCAGUACAACUUGUUUAGCUCCACCAGGAGCAUGUCAGCUCAAGACCGCAGGAAGUGGAGUAGCACCAUCUUGUUAAUGGCAAAGAAGAUGGCAGGCGUAUUUGGAGCUAGUGAGCUAUGGAAGAAGAUAAGCAACACCAAGCAUGCCCAAGUCACGAGGGAGAUCAAGGAGCUCAUCCAUGACUCAUUAGGCCACGAGUGGGGUAGUCCUAAGCCCAUCAGCGUUCCAGGUGCUUAUAGAUUACUACUCACCCUCCCCUUCGAGCGGGCCUUGCUGAUGCUACACCUUUGGACAGACGUGGUGGUGCACAAGGCGGCCAAGUCAACAAUGAUGAUGAGUAGCAGUGGCGAUGGCCGGCCGCUGGUUGAUGUGGCGACCCAAGAGGAGGACCAAGAGGCAGCACGGCGGCGACGUCUUGUGGAUACCUGCAAGAUGCUAUCUGAGUACAUGUUGUACCUGCUGGUGGAGCACCCUGACAUGUUACCCGUCAGCACCAACGUGCAGGAUGUAUUGGCGUCGCGCUCAGACUGUGUCACGGGUGCAUCCAGCAAGGACGACUUUCUUGAUAUAUUUACUAGUGGUGACUUGGACUUUCCUGACUGGAUCUUCUUGCGGGAUCACAAAGCGGUGCUGGAAGACCAAGGGGGCAUCCAGGCCGAGGUGGAAAGACUGGAGCAGGUGUGGGUGCGGAUGCUUGUGUACGCAGCCGGAAAGUGCCGGCCGGAAGAGCAUGCCCGACGGCUGAGCACUGGGGGAGAGCUCAUCACCUUGGUUUGGCUGCUCAUGGCGCAUCAGGGGCUGGGAGACGUGCAGAACAGUGUCGGUCUUAUCAGAGAUGGUAUCAGCCGACGACAUCUUUUCGAUUUUGAGGAGGAGGUGUUAAGUCGUACCAACUUGACGGAUUCUGCACCAAAGGAGGAAGAGGAGUUAACUACUGCCAACUUGACUUAAUCAGGUAACUGCAUGGCUUGCCUCCAGGUGUCAGUCUUAUCGGAGUUGAUUUCAGCGCACGACCUUCUUUUCGAUUUGGAUGAUUCUAAAAAUAGGCGGCAGAGUUAUUUAAUGAAUUGCAUGCG